GGAAGGGAGGAGACGAGAAAUAUUGCGAAGGUGGAAAUAGGCGGUUCUGGUGACGCUGUUGAUAUGUGAUCGGAAGGAGAGCUUGCUGUCGAGGAUGAAUAAGUAGCAGUGGCGAGUCUGGCGACAGUUGAUCUGGACCCUGAAAGGCAAUCCCCCAACCAUGAUUUUGUGGGUAACUUUGUUUUUACAUGGUAUAGUUUGCGCUGAAGCAGUCAAUGGUCUUUUAGGGGGAUUAGUUGACGUGGACCGGAACCGAGUAGGCGACGCUCUGAACUACGCCAUAAUGUACCAUAAUAGGGAGUCGAACGACACGAACAUCAGCAGUAUGGCAGAGUUGGUCAGUGCUAAAAAACAGGUCGUUUCUGGCAUAGUGUUCCAUUUUACUGUUAAAAUGGCGAAGACAUCCUGCAGGAAGCGCAUUUCAAAUGAACAGUGUGACGCUCAAGACCCAGCUGAGGCGCAGACUUACGAGUGCAAAUUCAAAGUGUGGGAGCACCCAUGGAUCAAUCGAGAGCCGGAAGUGCAACAGGUGUGCGAGAACCAUUAGGGCGAAACUUCAACGUAGCAUGUUACAGUAUUUUGAAACACAUCUUCAGUGUUCUCUAUCAUUUAACCAUGUCUAUAUACUAGGGCUGUCAAAAUUAUCGCGUUAACGGGCGUUAAUUAAUUUUUUUAAUUAAUCCCGUUAAAAAAUUUGACGCAAUUAACGCAAUUGGCCCAGCUCAGACAGAUUUAAAUGACAGAGGAGUGAAAGGCCCACUUGUUAAUUGUGUUUUGCGGAGUUUUGCUGCCCUCUGCUGGCGCUUGGGUGCGACUGAUUUUAUAGUGUAAGUAAUUAUUGCCAUCAACAAUGGCGGGUUACAAGUUAAUUUUUUGAUUGAAAAUUUUACAAAUUUUAUUAAAAAGAAAACAUUAAGAGGGGUUUUAAUAUAAAAUUUCUAUAACUUGUACUAACAUUUUUCAUAAAGAACUACAAGUCUUUCUAUCCAUGGAUCACUUUAACAGAAUGUUAAUAAUGUUAAUGCCAUCUUGUUGAUUUAUUGUUAUAAUAAACAAAUACAGUCCUUAAGUACCGCAUGCUGAAUAUAUAUAUAUCCAUCUUGCGUCUUAUCUUUCCAUUCCAACAAUAAUUUACAGAAAAAUAUGGCAUAUUAUAUAGAUGGUUUGAAUUGCGAUUAAUUGCGAUUAAUUACGAUUAAUUAAUUUUUAAGCUGUAAUUAACUCGAUUAAAAUUUUUAAUCGUUUGACAGCCCUACUAUAUACUACUUACAGUGAGGCAAAUAAGCAUUUACUCAACCGCCAAUUGUACAAGUUCUCCUACUUGAAAAGAAUAGAUAGGCCUGUAAUUGUCAGCAUGGGUAAACCUCAACGAUGAGAGACAGAAUGUGGAAAAAGAAAAAAAAACAGAAAAUCACAUUGUUUGAUUUUUAGAGAAUAUAUUUCCAAAUUAGAGAGGAAAUGAAGUAUUUGGUCACCUACAAACAAGCAAGAUUUCUGGCUGUCAAAGAGGUCUAACUUCUUCUAACAAGGUCUAACGAGGUCUAACGAGGCUCCACUCGUUCUCUGUAUUAAUGGCACCUGUUUUAACUCAUUAUCGGUAUAAAAGACACCUGUCCACAACCUCAGUCAGUCACACUCCAAACUCCACUAUGGCCAAGACCAAAGAGCUGUCGAAGGACACCAGAGACAAAAUUGUAGACCUGCACCAGGCUGGGAAGACUGAAUCUGCAAUAGGUAAAACGCAUGGUGUAAAGAAAUCAACUGUGGGAGCAAUUAUUAGAAAAUGGAAGACAUACAAGACGGGGGACCUAGUGAAUGACCUAAAGAGAGCUGGGACCACAGUAACAAAGGCUACUAUCAGUAACACAAUGCGCCGCCAGGGACUCAAAUCCUGCACCGCCAGACAUGUCCCCCUGCUGAAGCUAGAACACGUCCAGGUCCGACUUCAGUUAUGGUCAGAUGAAACCAAAAUAGAACUUUUUGGUAGAAACAUAGGUUCUCGUAUUUGGAGGAAAAAGAAUACUGAAUUGCACCAUACCCACUGUGAAGCAUGGGGGUGGAAACAUCAUGCUUUGGGGCUGUUUUUCUGCAAAGGGACCAGGACGACGGAUUUGUAUAAAGGAAAGAAUGAAUGGGGCCAUGUAUCGAGAGAUUUUGAGUGAAAAUCUCCUUCCAUCAGCAAGGGCAUUGAAGAUGAGACGUGGCUGGGCCUUUCAGCAUGACAAUGAUCCGAAACACAUAGCAAGGGCAACAAAGGAGUGGCUUUGUAAGAAGGAUAUCAAGGUCCUGGAGUGGCCUAGCCAGUCUCCAGAUCUCAACCCCAUAGAAAAUCUGUGGAGGGAGUUGAAAGUCCGUGUUGUCCAAUGACAGCCCCAAAACAUCUCUGCUCUAGAGGACAUCUGCAUGGAGGAAUGGGCCAAAAUACCAGCAACAGUGUGUGAAAAGCUUGUGAAGAGUUACAGAAAAUGUUUGGCCUCCGUUAUUGCCAACAAAGGGUACAUAACAAAGUAUUGAGAUGAACUUUUGGUAUUGACCAAAUACUUAUUUUCCACCAUAGUUAUCAAAUAAAUUCUUUAAAAAAUCAAACAAUGAGAUUUUCUGUUUUUUUUUCCACAUUCUGUCUCUCAUGGUUGAGGUUUACCCAUGUUGACAAUUACAGGCCUCUAAUAUUUUCAAGUGGGAGAACUUGCACAAUUAGUGGUUGACUAAAUACUUAUUUGCCCCACUGUUCGUAUGUCAACUGUGUACAGAGCAAGCAAUACGGAUUGCCGUAGUUUAGUAUUUCAGAUUUGAAGUGUAACAAUCAUAUGUUGGCUUGCAAUCAAUCCUUUUAAAUGGGAAAAAAAAUCAAAUAAUUUAGUCAAACAAGCUAUGUACAUGUUGAUGUGCACUUGCAUUGUUUUUACUUUUACCUUUUAGUGUCAUGUAUUUUGACAUGUCAAUAAAGAACUUUUAACACA